GGUUUCUCGCAGUGCCUUUCUGCUCCUCUCUGCUUCCCCAUCCUGUCAGUUUUCCAUUUUCCUUCCUGGCUGGUGGCAGUGGGGGCUGUGCCCGGUGGGCCCCGUGGAGAUGCUCAGUGCUUGGAAUCGCCGGGACCGACCCCCUGAAGAGGGGGCAGCUGCGGGGCUCCAGGGCUUCACCGUGGACAAGACGUUCCUCUCGUCCCUCAAAGGCAUCCUGCUGGAAACUGAGCUGGCCCUGACCUUCAUCAUCUUCAUCUGUUUCACGGCCUCCAUCUCCGCCUACAUGGCUGCUGCGCUACUGGAGUUCUUCAUCACGCUAGCCUUCCUCUUCCUCUACGCCACCCAGUACUACCAGCGCUUCGAUCGGCUGAACUGGCCCUGUCUGGACUUCCUCCGCUGUGUCAGCGCCAGCAUCAUCUUCCUGGUGGUCUCCUUUGCGGCUGUGACCUCCCGGGAUGGAGCUGCCAUUGCUGCUUUUGUUUUUGGCAUCAUCCUGGUUUCCGUCUUUGCCUACGAUGCCUUCAAGAUCUACCGGACUGAGUUGGCGUCCAGGGCCACCCAGGGGGACCAGUAGUGAUACUGGGGCUACCUGGCUCCUGAGCCCAGCCACAAAAGGGGAACAGCAGAGCCCAGACACGUCUCCUUUGGAUUCACUAGCUCCCCAGCCUACUAUCCACCACCCCAGCCUACAGCGAUGGAGCCAGGCCUGAGAAGUCACCGGGGAUUUGUCUGUGGGGCCUGGUGUUCUAAGAUCUGACUUCUGAUGGUGCUCGGCCAGGGAGGGGGUGUUAUGGACGAAAGGGAGGGUAUAGGAGGAAGCUGGUCAUUCCCAA